AUGCGUUACGCCUACGUCUCACUGGCGGUUUUCGUCGUUGGCGCCGCCGCUGCGCCUUCUUACCCCCGUCCCGACGAGGCCGGAGAUGCAUUCAACAGUUUCCCUUUCAUGACUGGUGGACUUUCGUCUAUGGAUGACGACGAUGACGGAAUGGAUAGUGCUAUCCCUGCCGCUAUGGAGGCAAUGAUGGCUGUCGAGUCCGCCAAGGCUUACGGGGUGGAACAGGCUUCUGCUGCAAAGCCGAGCCAUGCAGUUGUGCAAUCUGCUACGCACAAGAUGAUGCAGAAGCCCGAUGUGGUCAGUGACGCUGAGAUCCCCGAGGCUCCUGUCAAUUAUAAUGCUCCGGUGGAGAUGUCCAAGCCCACCGAGGCUCCUGAGCCUACUGAGGAUCCCGAGCCUAUCGAGGAACCCAAGCCUACCGAAAAGCCGAAGCCUGUGGUGAAGCCAGAGGCAUCUGAGACCCCCAAGCCAGCUGAUAAGCCAGCUCCACCCGCUGAUGAUCCGGACAUGCCGGAUCUGGAUAUGCCUGGAUUUGACUCAAUGCCUUCCGAAACACCUAAGCCUUCUGAGAAGCCAAAGCCGACUGAAAAGCCCAAGCCUACCGAGAAGCCUCAGCCCACCGAGGAGCCUAAGCCCACCGAGGAGGCCAAAGUCACCGAGGAGCCUAAGCCUACUGAAAAGCCCAAGCCCACCGAGGAGCCCAAGCCUAUUGAAGAGCCUAAGCCCACCGAGGAGCCUAAGCCUACUGAAAAGCCCAAGCCCACCGAGGAGCCCAAGCCUAUUGAAGAGCCUAAGCCCACCGAGGAGUCUAAGCCUACCGAAAAGCCCAAGCCCGCCGAGGAGCCUAAGCCGACUCAAAAGCCUAAGCUCACCGAGAAGCCUUCGCCUCUGGUGAAGCCUACGCCUGUUGUGCAGCCCAAGCCCACCGAGAAGUCAACUACGAAACCUGCCGUGAAGCCAACGGUUCCACCCACCCCCAAGCCCGUUGAUGUGCCUGAUUCUAUGGUCGAUGAUCUCUCUAUGCCGGAUUUGACCAUGUCUGACCUUGACGAUAUGCCUCCCGUGGAGUCAUCGGCAAAGUCCAAGCCUACCUCUGCUUCGAAGAACAUCCCUGCCCCAUCUGAGGACCUAGAGGAUGAUGAUGGCCAGAAUGAGUACCUCCCCCUCGAAAACGUAGUUCCCCCGAUGCCGAAGCCUGUGGCUCCUUCGCCCACCUCGCAUGUCGUGGUUGUCGCUCCUUCGUCUACAUCGCAUGCCGUGGUUGCCAAGCCUAAGCCCACGCACAGCUCUUCUACUCCUCUGAUUCAGAAGACCUCGUCCUCGAGCUCUUCCAGCUCUUCCAGCUCUUCCAGCUCCUCCGCUUAUGCCACUUCGAAGCCCUCGUUCUCGAGCUCUUCCAGCUCUUCCAGCUCCUCCGCUUAUGCCACUCCGAAGCCCUCGUCCCCGAGCUCUUUCAGCUCCAUGGUCAAGCCAACUCCUAUGGCUCCCUCGUACCAGGCCCCUACGAGCAAGGCGAGCAAGCCUACUUCCACUCCCCUGAUUCCUAGCCGCCACUCCACCACCCCUUCUGCUACGCCCUCUAGCUCGGGCACGCCUUCCAGCUCGGCAAAGCCUUCCAGCUCCACCCCUGCAUCAAAGCCAAAAGCUGGUGGUCUUGGAAGCCUUGGCGGCCUUCUCGGUGGUCUGCCCCUUGUUGGUGGCCUUGCUGGUGUUAUUCCCGGUCUGUAG